GAGCGGGAGCAGCACUGGCGUGGGUGCUCCCAUCACCUGGUCUUUGGAGACUUGGUUGCUUUUUGAUGGCGGCAGCAGCUGCUGGGUGAGCAGCCGGAGACGGUACAGUACUCCCGUCGGGACAGGAUCGCUUUCUCUCGCCAUCACCACCACUGGAUUGGUGGCGGCGCUUUUCCCUUUUUACCCCUCCACUCUUGAAGGGAGAAGAAGAUGCCACUACCAUUUGGAUUGAAACUAAAACGCACCCGGCGCUACACGGUAUCCAGCAAGAGCUGCCUGGUUGCCCGGAUCCAGCUGCUCAACAACGAGUUUGUGGAGUUCACGCUGUCUGUGGAGAGCACUGGCCAGGAGAGCCUUGAGGCUGUGGCCCAAAGACUGGAGCUGCGGGAGAUCACUUACUUCAGCCUCUGGUACUACAACAAGCAAAAUCAGCGCCGGUGGGUAGAUUUGGAAAAACCUCUAAAGAAGCAGCUGGAUAAAUAUGCAUUGGAACCUACUGUCUACCUUGGAGUGGUGUUUUAUGUGCCUUCUGUUUCCCAGCUGCAGCAGGAGAUUACCAGGUAUCAGUAUUAUCUGCAGCUGAAGAAAGAUAUCUUGGAAGGAAACAUUCCUUGUACAUUAGAACAAGCAAUUCAGCUAGCAGGCUUAGCUGUUCAAGCUGACUUUGGUGACUUUGAUCAGUAUGAAUCCCAGGACUUCCUUCAGAAAUUUGCCUUGUUUCCUGUGGGGUGGUUACAAGAUGAAAAGGUACUGGAAGAAGCUACCCAAAAAGUGGCCUUGCUGCAUCAGAAAUACAGAGGGCUCACUGCUCCUGAUGCUGAAAUGCUGUACAUGCAGGAGGUGGAGAGAAUGGAUGGCUACGGCGAGGAGAGCUACCCUGCGAAGGAUAGCCAAGGCAGCGACAUAUCCAUCGGAGCGUGUCUCGAAGGCAUCUUUGUGAAACAUAAGAAUGGAAGGCCUCCUGUGAUAUUUAGGUGGCAUGAUAUUGCUAACAUGUCCCAUAAUAAGUCCUUCUUUGCACUAGAGCUGGCAAAUAAAGAGGAGACCAUCCAGUUUCAAACUGAAGACAUGGAAACAGCAAAAUAUGUGUGGAGACUCUGUGUCGCACGACACAAAUUUUACAGACUAAAUCAGUGUAGCCUGCAAACUCAGACCGUCAUAGUGAACCCAAUUAGGAGGAGGUCUUCUUCAAGGAUGUCUCUGCCUAAACCCCAGCCCUAUGUGAUGCCUCCCCCACCCCAGCUGCAUUAUAAUGGACAUUAUACAGAACCAUACACUUCUUCCCAAGACAACCUCUUUGUGACCAACCAGAACGGAUACUACUGCCACUCUCAGACAAGUCUGGAUCGCGCCCAGGUUGACCUUAGUGGUCGCAUCCGGAAUGGCAGCGUCUACAGCGCACACAGCACCAGCUCCUUAAAUAACCCUCAGCCCUACUUGCAGCCGUCGCCCAUGUCCUCGAACCCAAGUAUCACCGGGAGCGACGUCAUGAGGCCGGACUACGUGCCGUCGCACCGGCACAGCGCCCUGAUCCCGCCGUCCUACCGCCCGACCCCGGACUACGAGACGGUGAUGAAGCAGCUGCACCGGGGCGCGGCGCCUGCCGAGAGGCACAGCCGCUCGCUGCGGAACCUCAACAUCGGCAGCUCGUACGCCUACAGCAGGCCGGAUGCCCUGGUCUACAGCCAGCCUGAAAUUCGGGAGCACGCCCACUUUAUGUCUCCCCAGUCGGCCCACUACCCGUUCAAUCUCAACUACAGUUUCCACAGCCAGUGCCCCUACCCCUACCCCGCAGAGAGGCGGCCGGUGGUGGGCGCCGUCAGCGUGCCCGAGCUGACCAACGUGCAGCUCCAGGCCCAGGACUACCCAGCGCCGAACAUCAUGAGAACGCAGGUGUACCGCCCGCCGCCCCCCUACCCCUACCCGAGGCCCGCCAACAGCACCCCCGACCUGUCCCGCCACCUGUACAUCAGCAGCAGCAACCCGGAUCUCAUCACCAGGCGCGUCCACCACUCGGUGCAGACGUUCCAGGAGGACAGCCUGCCGGUGGCCCAUUCCCUGCAGGAGGUCAGCGAGCCCCUCACGGCGGCGCGGCACGCCCAGCUGCAGAAGAGGAACAGCAUCGAGAUCGCGGGGCUGACGCACAGCUUUGAAGGUAUGAGGCUGAAGGAGAGGACCAUGUCGGCUUCGGCGGCGGAUGUGGCGCCGCGGGCUGUGUUGGCGGGCUCCCAGCCAAACGUCGUCCUGGAGAGAAUGAAGCGAGACGAGGCGGACGAGCAGGAAAGCCUGAGAUACGGUCACAGAAAGUCUCUUUCAGACGCCACCAUGCUGAUACACAGCAGCGAGGAGGAGGAGGACUUUGAAGAGGAACCCGGAGCCGGGGCGCAGCUCUCUCCCCACGCGCGGGAGUCCCGGGGCAGCUACUCCCAGGAAGCACAGCUCGGCUGCCCCUGCGCCUCCGUCUCCCCGGGGGCCGGCCCUCUGCACAUCCUCGAGCCCAAGUCCCACGUCACGGAGGCGGAGAAGAGGGGGAGGGACGGCAGCCCGAUUCACAUGCUGGCUGAGGCCCAGCGGCCCAGGAGGGACGGGCUGCUGACACCGUCCAUGUCCGAGUCCGACCUCACCACGUCCGGGAGGUACCGCGCCAGGAGGGACUCUCUGAAGAAAAGGCCGGUGUCAGAUCUCCUCUCGGGAAAGAAGAACAUCGUGGAAGGACUUCCGCCGUUAGGGGGAAUGAAAAAGAGCCGAGUAGAUGCAAAAAAAGUGGGUCCUCUCAAGCUGGCUGCCCUAAAUGGACUCUCCUUGUCCCGGCUACCUCUGCCUGAUGAAGGGAAGGACAUGCCUGCCAGAGCCACGAACGACGAGAGGUGUAAAAUACUGGAACAGCGGUUAGAACAGGGGAUGGUAUUCACAGAAUAUGAAAGAAUUCUUAAAAAACGGCUAGUUGAUGGGGAGUGCUCAACAGCACGACUCCCUGAAAAUGCGGAGAGAAAUCGGUUCCAAGAUGUCCUUCCCUAUGACGAUGCCAGAGUGGAGCUGGUCCCAACCAAAGAAAACAAUACCGGCUACAUCAAUGCAUCGCAUAUUAAGGUCUCUGUCAGUGGAAUUGAAUGGGAUUAUAUUGCCACUCAGGGGCCACUACAAAACACCUGUCAGGAUUUUUGGCAGAUGGUGUGGGAACAGGGAAUUGCGAUUAUAGCAAUGGUGACAGCAGAAGAGGAGGGUGGGAGGGAGAAGAGCUUUCGCUACUGGCCACGCCUUGGCUCCAGGCACAACACCGUCACCUACGGCAGGUUUAAGAUCACCACCCGGUUUCGCACAGACUCCGGCUGCUACGCCACCACGGGCCUGAAGAUGAAGCACCUUCUCACGGGGCAGGAGAGGACAGUUUGGCACCUCCAGUACACAGACUGGCCCGAGCAUGGCUGUCCAGAGGACCUCAAGGGAUUUUUAUCGUACCUGGAGGAGAUCCAGUCUGUUCGACGCCACACAAAUAGUACGAGUGAGCCCAAAAGCCCCAACCCUCCGUUGCUGGUCCACUGCAGUGCUGGCGUGGGGCGGACCGGCGUGGUCAUCUUGUCGGAGAUCAUGAUUGCCUGUCUGGAGCACAACGAGGUGCUGGACAUCCCACGGGUGCUGGACACGCUGAGGCAGCAGAGAAUGAUGAUGGUGCAGACCCUCUGCCAGUACACGUUCGUCUACCGAGUUCUCAUUCAGUUCCUGAAAAGCUCAAGGCUCAUAUAAGCUCCCACAGCUUCCUCCGGGGGACCUGAUCAUGUGAAGCGUUUACAGCUAAAGUGCUUGCCUAACUCAUGCUUUCUCCUCGACACUCAACCCACGCAGAGCGCUACUCGGGACGUAAGUGACGGUGCAGAAGGAAGUCUGCAGAGCGCGAGGCUGAGGAGGGGGUUUACCUGGGGAAGAAGCCGGAGAAGAAGGACUUGGUUUCGAGGGCAUUGCCUGCUCCAGUCUGGUCCAGUCUGCAGUACUUGCACACUUUUGGCGAUUGUAUUUUCUAGAUAAUUCUCUUAUUUCACAGAAGCUACGCUGGGCAAUUCUGGCAAUCAUUAAGUCAUAUAGGUUUCUAUCAUAAACUAAUUUUUGAUAAUGAAAUUUUAUUUUAUGACUAAAAUAUUUGGGGUUUUCUUGUCCAGAAACUGAGCUUUCUGUGGUGAUGAUCCACAGAUAUGAGUGGUUCCUAUAUAACUUUGUAUUUAAAACCAUGUUAUUAUAUUUCAUUGUUUUGAAAAAAGUCUUGGGUACGUAACAGUUUAGUUACCAAACCCAAAACUAUAAGAAUAAUCUAAAAGUGUUAUUUUGAAACAUAGAAAACAUUUUUAUAUUCAGAAAAUUUUUUUAUCCUAAAAAUUCUAUAUAUUUGUACCUUCUAUAUUUUCCAAAUAAGAGUUCAACUUAUUAAGGUACUGAAAUGAGACAGUUAAUGUAAGUUAAAGCUGGGAAUGAAGGCACAUUAUUUAAAAUGUAUGAGAAUAAUCAGAUUCACUAUUGUUUUUCAGUAUUAUUCGUAAACCCAAAUGAGUUUGAUUUUAUUGGUUGAAAAUGAAGUGAAAAAUAAUUGCAUAAGAUGGUUUUAAGCACUUUUUUUUGAAAACAACAAACCUGAGUUUUUAAUGUUAUAUUGCUUUAUAGAUGAAACAGUAACAGCAGACAUGUUGAAGGUGUCUUGGAAGAGAUGAGUAAGUGUAUGUAGGAUGACUCGGGCGGGAGUAAGUGCCGUGCAAAUGCAAGAUGGUAAAUGCAAGUUGCCUUCGUCUUUACAAAAAUGCAGUAUUAUCUAUACUCAGACUGAGACUCUGGGAUGGAGAGCAGGGGCUUGGGAAGAGUCUGGGGGCUGACCCCCUCAGAGGUAGGUAUUCCCGGGAAGUUCAGGACCCGUCACUGGCAACGACUCACUCUGUGUCCUUGAAGUUCUUCCAUCUACACCUCUCUUCUUCUUCUUCUUCUUCUUUUUUUUUUUUUUUAACAAAUCAGGUUUAUAUUAUCAUUAAAAGAAGCCUUGACCAGGCUUUGUUUUCUUUUGGUUGAAAGAAGGGAAGAGUUAGUAAUAGCUCACCUCGUCUCCUAGAACCGCAGCCCAGACUUGCGGGGUCACCAGAGGUAGCUGUGGUAUUCAAGAGGUACUGGAAUUUUCGCUCCUUAAUCCCCUGACUUCCCCCCAGGUCUGUUUUAGCCCCUUGCUGCUCCCAUUUAGGCCCAUCCCCAUGGGCAGGACCAGGAUGAAUUAAAGGGGGGUGUCGCUUGGAGCCCAGGCUGGGGUGGCCUUGUCCCCGUGGUCACUGCAGGGGCGAGGACGGACCGACAGGUCCGUUUCGCUGAGGAGCUUUCUCUUUCCUCUUCCUUCUUGAGGCUGCUUCUCCAAAAUGCAGAGCUUCCAAAAUGUCAAGUUCAGGGCCAUUUCCCCAGUUCACAGUAUCCUAGGGACAAUUCUGGUUCCCAAGUUAACUCUUAAAGUGGUUUAACUCAUUCUUGUCACCGUUAAGUGUGUGUUGUUGGCUGUGAGAACAGGAUUUCUUUUAAACAGUGUAUGUCGGCUAACUCUGAUCCAGACACAGCCAUUUAAGAGGAAAAUUCAGAAGAUGUUAAUGAAAAUGGAUAUUGAAAGUGGGCAUGCUUCUCACUUGGGAACAAAGCAUUCAUUUUAAAUCUAAAAUUGUUUAUAAAGGACAAUAGACCCAAGUGUAAAUAUUCAGAAAGAGCAUCCCAGAAGAAGGGAAUAAGUUUUUUAUUCUAAUAUUUCCCACCUCCACACCAUAUAAAGGACAGGAGUGUUUCUGAGGCUUUUUUUCUUCCAUGGUAUGUUUUUUAAAAAUGCUUUUCUGUCAGAUUGAAACAUUUUGAAGUGUCCCAUUGACAAGAACAUAUUGUAAAACAAAAAUCUAAAGAGUAAUAUAUGGUAUGUUUGUGUUUCUGUUGUAAUAAUUUGAUUAUAAGAGAAUUACUUAUGAGGUCUAAGUUACACUGUAUAAACGUCACUCUUAAAACUCGCAUGUUUGACAUAGCUUCUAAAACCCAUGUAAUUUUUGGUGUCCCUUUCGAAUUUUUAAACUUUUAAUUAACAGUUAGUGAAUUUGAAAGUAUUUCUGAAUAAAAAUGAAUCUACAUUACUGGA